GCAGCAUCAGAAAUUCAGAAGAGCAGUGUCAGCCGUUGCGUGCGCGCGCGCGAAUUCGAUAUCGGCGAAUGCCAGGCGAAGCCGUCGCUUUGACGGCCCCGGCGUACGGCGCUCUGAUCCACCGCCUCGCCUCCACCGGCCGCGUCGAUGCCGUCCACGCCGCCCUCGCCUCCGCGCGCUCGGCCCUCGCCCCCGCCUCCCUCCACCCGCUCUACGUCGCCUCCAUACGCGCCUUCGCCCGGGCCGGCCGCCUCCAGGCCGCCGUCGACGCCUUCGAGCGCAUGGACCUCUUCGCCUGCCCGCCCCAAGCCACCGCCUAUAACGCCAUAAUGGACGCCCUCGUCCACGCCCACCACCACCACCAGGCUCACAAGGUCUACGUCAGGAUGCUCGCCACCGGGCUUGCCCCCGACCUUCACACCCACACCAUCCGCCUCCGCUCCUUCUGCCUCACCGCCCGCCCGCAUGUUGCCCUCAGACUCCUGCGCACUCUGCCAGACCGUGGAUGCCAUGCCAGACCCGUCGCAUACUGCACCGUCGUGUCUGGACUCUAUGCGCACGGCCACCCCCACGACGCACGUCGCCUGUUCGAUGAAAUGCUCCAGGGACCGGUGUUCCUUGAUACUGCCACUUUUAACAAGGUCCUGCAUGAUCUUUGCAAGAAAGGGGAUAUCUCUGAGGCUGCCGCGCUUCUCGCCAAGGUUCUCAAGCGGGGGAUGUCUGUGAACAGGUUCACCUACAAUAUUUGGAUCAGGGGGCUCUGCGAAUGUGGGAGGUUGGCCCAAGCCGUUGCACUUGUAAAAGAGAUGGACGACUACAUCACACCAGACGUUGUGACCUACAACACGCUCAUCCGUGGCCUUUGCAAGGGCUACAGAGCCCAGGAGGCUGCACACUACCUUCGUAGGAUGAUGAACCGGGGCUGCAUGCCAGAUGAUUUCACCUAUAACACCAUUAUUGAUGGGUACUGCAAGAUGGGAAUGAUGCAAGAAGCUACUGAGCUCCUUAAGGAUGCUGUCUUUAAAGGUUUUGUACCGGACCGGGUCACAUAUUGCUCCUUGAUCAAUGGCCUAUGUGCCGAGGGUGAUAUCGAGAGGGCGCUGGAGCUGUUUAAUGAGGCCCAAGCAAAAGAACUGAAACCUGAUCUGGUAGUGUACAAUUCUCUUAUCAAGGGACUCUGUCGCCAGGGGCUGAUCUUGCAGGCCUUGCAGGUCAUGAAUGAGAUGUCCGAGGACGGUUGUCAUCCUGACAUUUGGACAUACAACAUUGUUAUCAAUGGGCUGUGCAAAAUGGGGAAUAUUUCGGAUGCCACAGUUGUGAUGAACGAUGCCAUUUUGAAAGGAUACCUUCCUGAUGUGUUCACCUUCAACACAUUGAUUGAUGGGUACUGCAAGAGGUUGAAGCUGGACAGUGCUCUUCAGCUUGUUGAAAGGAUGUGGACAUAUGGCAUCACCCCUGAUGCUAUCACAUACAAUUCGGUCCUUAAUGGUCUCUGCAAGUCUGGGAAGGCCAAUGAAGUUAACGAAACAUUCAAAGAGAUGACACUUAAAGGAUGUCGCCCAAACACUAUUACCUACAACAUACUGAUAGAGAAUUUCUGCAAGUCCAAUAAAUUGGAAGAGGCCUCUGGGGUGAUAGUGAGGAUGAGUCAAGAAGGACUAGCUCCUGAUGCAGUUAGCUUCAACACACUUAUUCAUGGAUUUUGUAGGAAUGGUGAGAUUGAGGGAGCGUACAUACUUUUUCAAAAAUUGGAGGAAAAGGGGUACUCCACAACAGCUGAUACAUUUAAUAUCCUAAUUAGCGCAUAUUGCAGUCAACUGAACAUGCAAAUGGCUGAAAGUAUUUUUGAGAAGAUGGUCCAGAAGGGAUAUAGACCUGAUUCGUAUACUUAUCGCGUCCUAAUUGAUGGAUCAUGCAAGACUGCAAAUGUUGACCGUGCAUACGAGCAUCUCGUGGAAAUGAUAAAUGGGGGUUUCAUUCCAUCAAUGGCUACUUUUGGCCGUGUAAUAAAUACACUCGCAGUGAACCAUCAGAUUACGGAAGCUGUGGGCGUUAUUCGUGUCAUGGUUAGAAUUGGAGUUGUUCCCGAGGUUGUAGAUACCAUCUUGAGUGCUGAUAAGAAGAAGAUAGCUGCACCAAAGAUACUUGUUGAGGACUUGAUGAAGAAGGGUCACAUUAGUUACCCUACUUAUGAAGUACUGCAUGAAGGAGUGAGAGAUAACAAACUAAAUAGAAAACAGGAACAGAAUAAAUAUAUUUAGCAUGGUUGCCUCACAACAUCAGUCAUUCACUCAACCACAAGUACUUGUUUGAGAGAAACCACAAGUGCUUAUGUCAUUAGGUCCGCAAAAUCUUGGAUGCAACAAACUUGAUCACCUCAAGGUUAUACUUUCAUAUUUCUGCUCAGAAUAGGGAGAUCAUCUGUUCUUAGAUGCAAGAAUACAAAGAUGGAGAACCAUGCUAGUAGAAGUAAGUGCUGUUGUGUGCUUUGUUUAUUUGCCGACAAGAACUGUGUUUUCCCUGCAACUGGAAAUGUUUCAAGUCUGUCAUGCCUCCAAAGAAGAUUGAAGUGGUCAAAGUAUCAAGGUCCUUCUAGGUGGAGAUACAUGGAAAUAAAAAUCUUCAAUAGUCUGCGAAAAUAUCCCUAAGAAGCAUCUAUAAUCUUUGGUGAGAGAAUGCUAACUUUGCUCAAAAAGUCAAAGAGCUGAGGAUUCAAACAAGGUACAAACAAUUUCUUCUAGUUAUAGUUUUCUUCCAAGGUUCUAGCAUGGCUCUAUACAUAGAGGUGCAAGCUUGAAACUUGACUGAUGUUUACUUUUGAGGUGAUAAAAUCUCACCAGGAUGUAGCACUUGGUUUGCAAGUUUGGAACUGAUUAACUGAGUAGUUCUUACAGUUGAACAUUGUGCUCAUUUUGUCGAAUCAACAGCAGGACAGUGCCUAUUUCCUUGUAGCUGGAACCGAGGAGGUUUGCUGCAAUAUCUAUUCCAGGAACCAGAAUUUUCCUUAGUUAACUUCCAGCUGCACCUGUAACUUUGUAAAGUUGUACUGAGAGGCCUAUUAUGUGGCAUCACGCUUAAAUUCAUUCCGGGUCUGGAAGAAGAGUAAA